AUGACGGCACCUAAAAGGCGACAGAAAAAGAGAGGAAACCAAACCUCCCUACACCUGCUGUCAAAACUCCUAAGAGGUUGCGCUCUGAUGGCAGUACCUCUAGCGGCAGCGCGAAAAGGCACUGUCCCGGGGGAACUGUCAGUAGGGGGUACUUAUAAGGAGAGGGUGGAAGGGAUCAAUGUCGGCAUUGUCGACCAGAACCCUUCGACCAAACUGACCGCCAAGCAGCUGGAUCAGCUCCAGGGCGCCAUCCUGAGGCAUACCCUCAGGAAGAAGGAAAAAGGAGCAGGAAUCCGCUUCUUGAGCUGUACGCAUAAGCCGGGUUGGCUUAUGAUUAGAUGCACGGACGAGGCUAGCGUCUCGUGGCUUGGCAACUGUUUGUUGCAGAUCAAGCCUUGGGACGGGGCCAACCUCCACAUCGUCCGGGGAACGGAGCUGCCAAAACCCCAAUGUAUGCGUAACAUACAUCCCUGA